AUGCAGGCGCCAGUCGUUGUCAUGAGUAUGCUUCAACCCCCCGCUUCUGGACUCCUGAAGAUGCUUGACAAAACAUCAACUAACAAUGCCUGCAAGACACCCAGCAGGGGGACCGCCAGCGUCGCCGAUAUCAUUCGAUCAUGUCUUGGCCCCAAGGCCAUGUUAAAGAUGCUCUUAGAUCCUAUGGGAGGCAUCGUGCUUACGAACGACGGACAUGCGAUUCUCCGAGAAAUUGAGGUUGCCCACCCGGCUGCAAAGAGCAUGAUUGAACUUAGCCGCACACAAGACGAGGAAGUUGGAGAUGGAACAACAACGGUUAUCAUCCUAGCCGGUGAAAUGCUCGCACAAGCUCUUCCCCAGCUCGAACGAAACAUCCACCCGGUUCAGAUCAUAUCUGCUUUUAAGCGAGCCCUCAACGAUGCGCUUCAGAUUGUCGAAGAUAUCUCUAUUCCGGUCGAUAUCAACAACGACAAGGCCAUGUAUACCCUUAUACAGUCAUCGAUCGGCACAAAGUUUGUCUCGAGAUGGUCAGAACUUAUGUGUAGCCUUGCCCUGAGGGCUGUCCGUACCGUAUCGUUUGAAGCCGGCGGCGGAAAGCGAGAGGUCGACAUCAAGCGUUACGCCCGUGUUGAGAAGAUCCCUGGUGGAGAGAUCGAGGAUAGUACGGUGAUUGACGGAGUGAUGGUCAACAAAGACAUUACGCAUCCGAAAAUGCGAAGGCGAAUCGAGAACCCACGAAUCAUCCUUCUUGAUUGCCCACUUGAGUACAAAAAGGGAGAGUCGCAAACAAACAUUGAAGUUACCAAGGAGGAUGACUGGAACCGGAUAUUGGAAAUUGAGGAAGAGCAGGUGAAACAUAUGUGCGAUGCUAUUUUGGCCUUGAAGCCGGAUGUUGUUAUCACUGAGAAGGGUGUUUCCGAUCUUGCCCAGCAUUUCUUAGUCAAGAACAACGUGACGGCGCUCCGCCGCGUGAGGAAGACAGACAACAACCGUAUUGCACGUGCCACAGGAGCAACCAUUGUCAAUCGUGUUGAUGAUCUUCAAGAGUCCGAUGUGGGAACUCGAUGCGGCCUGUUCGAGAUCGAAAAGAUUGGCGACGAGUAUUUCACGUUCAUGCGAAAAUGCCAAGACCCCAAAGCUUGCACAGUUCUUUUGCGUGGCCCGUCCAAGGAUAUUCUGAACGAGAUUGAGCGGAAUCUUCAGGACGCUAUGGCUGUGGCCCGAAAUGUCAUUUUCCACCCUCGUCUGUCUCCCGGAGGUGGUGCUACCGAGAUGGCUGUUUCUGUCAAACUUCACCAGUUGGCGAAGUCUGUUGAAGGUGUCCAGCAAUGGCCAUACAAGGCCGUUGCAGAUGCAAUGGAAGUCAUUCCGCGAACUCUGAUUGAAAACGGAGGUCAGAGUCCUAUCCGUGUGCUUACCAGUUUGCGUGCCAAGCACGUAGAGGGACUUACUAGCUGGGGUAUCGACGGUGAUAAGGGUGUCAUUGUCGACAUGAAAGAGUACGGUGUUUGGGAGCCAGAGGCUAUCAAACUGCAGAGCAUCAAGACUGCCGUCGAGUCUGCAUGCCUACUUCUUCGUGUUGACGACAUUUGCAGCGCCAAAUCCGCCCAACAGGCGGGCGGCAAUGUCGGUGGUGGUGGUGAGGAAUAA